UCAUCAUUCGGUUUUUCGAUUCAAUUGUCGCGUAUCUGUUACACCAACACCACCAUGAUCCGUACGAAGUUCGUCCUAUUUUCGACCCUUAUCGCGGUGGUUUUGGCCCAUCAAGACCCUUCGGCCGUAGAUUUGGUCCAGGACAUUUACCACACCUGUUUGCGGGACUUCUCAGUCAGUUGUGCCAAACCGAAAGCGCUUAAAUGGAUCAGUGAGGUGGUUGAUAAGGAACAAAUUAGGAUCACCGAGGAUCUGGUGCUGAUUAAGAAGGAUAAUCCUGAAGAAGUCGAGGAGUCAAGAGGUCUUGAAGAAGACAUUUUCGAUAAAUUCGAAGAUUUCUUGCAGACCCACGAGGUCGUUGCCAAACCGCCCACUCUACUGAGCCACGAGGGUCCUCUGGGACAUUUGGUGCCACGAUCGUUCCAGGCGGAAGAACUGAAAGUACCAUUGGCAGCCACUGGACGUUCCUCAAAAAUAGUAAAAAAGGUUAUUCUGCCCUUCCUCUUGGGCCUGAAAUUCAAAACGGCCGUUUUGGUACCACUCGCCUUGACGUUGAUCGCCUUGAAAACGUGGAAAGCUUUGACUUUGGGUCUUUUGUCUAUGGUACUGACCGGGGCCCUCCUGAUCUUCAAACUGACCAAACCCAAGACUGUAAAUUACGAAGUAGUACACUACCCACCCCACAUUGACCAUCAUUUAGUGGAUCACCCUCCAAUCGUGUAUGACCAUCACGCCAGACAGUUGGACGCCCAAGAACUCGCUUAUAAUGCUUAUUAAUUCAAUUUUAGUGUUUAAUUUAUGCUAAUUUAUUUAUUUAUAAUAAAUAAUGAUUAAAAAAUUAA